GUCACUCUUACUUCCGUUGCCACAUUUCACAUCAUGGAGGCGGUCUAUGGAAUUCCAUUCAGUGUUUUAGAGUGCCCAAAUUUGAAACUGAAAAAACCGUCAUGGUUAAAACAACCUUCAGCAAUGUUUAUGUUUGCUAUGGUUUUAUUUUCUUACUUUUUGGUGACUGGAGGUAUCAUAUAUGAUGUGAUAGUAGAACCUCCAAGUAUAGGCCAUACAACAGAUGAAAGGGGAAACAGUAAACCAGUUGCCUUCAUGCCUCAUCGAAUCAACGGGCAGUACAUAAUGGAAGGCCUGGCGGCAAGUUUCCUCUUCAUGCUGGGAGGAAUGGGCUUUGUGAUUCUCGACCAGACCAACAAGCCCAUGAUGCCGCGCCUCAAUCGCAUUCUGCUGCUCAGCAUCGGUCUCAUUUCCAUUCUCAUCUCGUUUUUCAUGUGCAAAGUUUUCAUGAGGAUCAAAGUGCCAGGAUACUUACAGUCGUAGAACAUUUAGAAGCUGUGUGAACGAGUUGAUCCACCACCCACUCUUGUUUCUACUACAUAAACAUCUUAAACGGACUUGUCUUGUAUUGUGUUUUAAAGGCACAUACCCUAGUUUCAGCCCAUGAACAUUGACAUUAAGUUUAGUUAAUUUGCAAGCCUGCACCACACAUUUGGAUACGCUUAUAACAGUGCGAAGCUAAAGUCUGUCAUGUUUAAACAGGGAAAUACUUUCUGAAAUAACUGGAGCUUAUCUCGGUAACAUUUACUUCUCGGACGAAUGUUCAUUUUUAGAAUUAUGACAAAUCCAUUUUGGGGUAUUACAAAAACCUGUAUGACCAGAACCACUUAGGUGUAUACACAAAUGAAUAUUCAUAUAAUAAAAUGUAAGUACUUCUAAUUUAAAUUAUCAAAAAUGGUUUUAAUAGUGAAAAAUAUGUUGUGUUUAAAAACUUUAAACUAGGGUCUGUCAUUUUAACUGAACAUGCAGAAGAAUGUCCAGUUAAAGGCCUCCUCAUUUGGUAUAAAGUAUCUAGUAACUGUUCCCAAGAUGUAUCCUAAUAGCAUUACAAGUCGAUGAUGAUGUGGGUGUUGUUGUUCCUUCCUCUUCCAGAUAGUGCAAGUUAUGGGUCAGUGUACACCGUGUAUUCUAACUGUGCGGGAUUGCCUCUGCCACUCGCCAGCUUCAAAUUUAUAAAACAAUUGGUGAAUUUUAUUUUAAUAUGGAGAAAUAAUUUUAUGUAAAUUUUAAUAAAUUAUAUUGGUAGAAAAUAACUUUUGGUCAAUUUGAAAAUGUAAUAAAUUGUCAAAAUUUUCUUCUCUCCAAAAGCCAGCGAUGUUCCUGUCACACAACUAUACGAGGUGGUUUGGCAUUUGAGAAUGGGUUGGGGGGGGGGGGGGGGUCGGGAUUUAGCUUGGUCCGUUGAGGUGCUUAUGUCACAGGAUUGAACCUCCUCAGUGGAUCCAUUCAGCUGUUUGAGUUUUUUCUUGUUCCAUCCAGUGCACCACAACUAGUCAAAGGCCUUGGUUUGUGCUUUCUUGUAGUGCAUAUAAAAGAUCCCUUGCUACUAAUGGAAAAUUGUAGCAGGUUGAUGACUAUGUGCCAAAUGUUUGAUGAUUAAUUAAUCAAUGUGCUCUAAUGAAGUUAAACAAAACAUAACAGAAACACAUUCACUCCUCUUUGAAACAUUAAGAAAGACUUUCCCUGCAUCAGAACAGUUUAAAACACAGCUGGUGUCAGCUAAAGUUUGCAUUGAGCAAGGGAUCAAUAAUCAGUUUUUUAAAUAUAUUUUUCAGUACUGUGGCUUUUCCAUCUUUUCUCUAUAUCUGUAUGAUUGACCAUGUCACGGCGGGGAUAGGUCUAGGUAUAAAGUAGCCAUGACUUGAAAAUUUAAUAUGGAAUUUCCGUAUCAAGGAAUCUUAUAUUAAUGGAUGGUAUGCCAACCCCUGCAAUUAAAAAAAUUACUAUGGCAAACAAAAUGACGUGGAAAAAUAAUGGCCAUGGCAGUUUUAUUGUUAACAUGUUUGCAACUCUGGGUUGCAAGUAAAUCUGAA